GGAAGCAACGACCAAUCCGCAGUGGCCGAAGUGGAAGUCGGCGUAACGGCACUAAGGGGCGGGGCCGAAACGGCCCAGGGGGCGGGCGUUUGAAAUCAGUUCCUUAGAGUAGACCCUAAACCUCAUUUUAUACCUUCAAGAACCAAUUACUUAAUGUCUCUUCCGUCUUUUCCGUCCCCGACCCCCUCCCAGACUCCUUCAUUCCGGUACUGCGUGGACGGAAAGCCCCGGGUAGCCGACACCACGUCCCUGGCUAGCGGGAGAGAGCGUGGAAAAGGAUUACACCAAACUGUUUAAAUCCAACGACUCCUGCUUCCAUCCUUUCUCCUGAGCUAGAACCAACAAACCUAGAGAGUUGGGCUUCGGAAAAACUAGUGUUUUCAUUUAAUUGGAUAUGAAGAAAGAACAAAUAUGUACGGGGCAACCACGAUCUUUACAAAGAACAUAAGUUCCAGGAAAGCAGGAACCUUGUCUCUCUUGUUCACUGGGUGUAUCCUCUGCAUAUAGAACAGUGCCUGGCACAUAAUAGGUGCUGACUUAUCAGAAAGGGUCUAUCAAAGCUUUUGGGUCAGAGACAUGCAGAUAUUUUGGAGAGAGAAGCAAGCACAUCUCAUGGAAGAGACUUAUUCCCUUAAGACAAGUGCCCAUUAGAGAUGAAAGCUGCUUGUCAAGUAAGACACAUUCUGGAGAGCUGCCGCCUCAACAGCUUGUAUUAAGCACCAAAUAAAUGUAGCACUCAUGGAGUAUAGAAGAUAGAAUUCUCACCAAGGUCUGAGAUUUUGUUCUAAACACUGAGGACAUACUCUGCUACAUUUGGGUCAUACCCCCAGGUCUGAGUAAUUCAAUAGACUUUAAGAAGACAGAGCCCAGCAGCAACUGAAACAUAACAGAGUUGCAGGGUCAGCGAACAUCAAUGCCUGGGCAAAGCUGCUGCCCAGAGUGGAAUCUCACUAGUGAAUAAACAAGCCCAAGAAAGAUUAUCAUCUCAUUUGCAAAAAAAAAAGUACACUGGUAGAUCCUGCUACCUCAUAGAUACACCAACCCAAUUUUUUUUUUAAGUAGCAUUUUCCUAUAUUGUCCACUAUCUGGAACAUACCUAAACACUAAAGUUUACUGCUUAUUAAACGGAAACUAUGAAGUCUAAGGCCAACUGUGCCCAGAAUCCAAAUUGUAACAUAAUGAUAUUUCAUCCAACCAAAGAAGAGUUUAAUGAUUUUGAUAAAUAUAUUGCUUACAUGGAAUCCCAAGGUGCACACAGAGCUGGUUUAGCUAAGAUAAUUCCACCCAAAGAAUGGAAAGCCAGAGAGACCUAUGAUAAUAUCAGUGAAAUCUUAAUAGCCACUCCCCUCCAGCAGGUGGCCUCUGGGCGGGCAGGGGUGUUUACUCAAUACCAUAAAAAAAAGAAAGCCAUGACGGUGGGGGAGUAUCGCCAUUUGGCAAACAGUAAAAAAUAUCAGACUCCACCACACCAGAAUUUUGAAGAUUUGGAGCGAAAAUACUGGAAGAACCGCAUCUAUAAUUCACCGAUUUAUGGUGCUGACAUCAGUGGCUCCUUGUUUGAUGAAAACACUAAACAAUGGAAUCUUGGGCACCUGGGAACAAUUCAGGACCUGCUGGAAAAGGAAUGUGGGGUUGUCAUAGAAGGCGUCAACACACCCUACUUGUACUUUGGCAUGUGGAAGACCACGUUUGCUUGGCACACGGAGGACAUGGACCUUUACAGCAUCAACUACCUGCACCUUGGGGAGCCCAAAACUUGGUAUGUGGUGCCCCCAGAACAUGGCCAGCGCCUGGAACGCCUGGCCAGGGAGCUUUUCCCAGGCAGUUCCCGGGGCUGUGGGGCCUUCCUGCGGCACAAGGUGGCCCUCAUCUCGCCUACAGUUCUCAAGGAAAAUGGGAUUCCCUUCAAUCGCAUAACUCAGGAGGCUGGAGAAUUCAUGGUGACCUUUCCCUAUGGCUACCAUGCUGGCUUCAACCAUGGUUUCAACUGCGCAGAGGCCAUCAAUUUUGCCACUCCACGAUGGAUUGAUUAUGGCAAAAUGGCCUCUCAGUGUAGCUGUGGGGAGGCAAGGGUGACCUUUUCCAUGGACGCCUUCGUGCGCAUCCUGCAACCUGAGCGCUAUGAGCUGUGGAAACGUGGGCAAGACCGGGCAGUUGUGGACCACGUGGAGCCCAGGGUACCAGCCAGCCAAGAGCUGAACACCCAGAAGGAGGUCCAUUUACCCAGGAGAGCAGCGCUGGGCCUGAGACAACUCCCUUCCCACUGGGCCCGGCAUUCCCCUUGGCCUAUGGCUGCCCGCAGUGGGACACGGUGCCACACCCUUGUGUGCUCUUCACUCCCACGCCGAUCUGCAGUUAGUGGCACUGCUACGCAGCCCCAGGCUGCUGCUGUGCACAGCUCUAGGAAGCCCAGCUCAACUCUAUCAUCCACCCCUGGUCCAUCUGCACAGAUUAUCCACCCAUCAAAUGGCAGACGUGGUCGUGGUCGCCCUCCUCAGAAACUGAGAGCUCAGGAGCUGACCCUCCAGACUCCAGCCAAGAGGCCCCUCUUGGCGGGCACAACAUGCACAGCUUCGGGCCCAGAACCUGAGCCCCAGCCUGAGGAUGGGGCUUUGAUGGACAAGCCUGUACCACUGAGCCCCAGGCUCCAGCAUCCUGUCAAGGCUUCUGGGUGCAGCUGGGCCCCUGUGCCCUAAGUCCACAGGCUGUCUUUAUAUCCCACUGCACUGCUGUGUGACAGUUUGAUGAAACUGGUUACAUUUACAUCCCAAAACUUUGGUUGAGUUUGCAGGACUCUCGUUAUGCAUGAAAGAGCCCCCGUGGUGAUGCCCUUGGAUGCUGCCAAGUCCAUGGUAGUUUUCAAUUUUGCCAUACUUUUGUUCUUCCUACCGGACCCUGGAAUGUCUUUGGAUAUUGCUAAAAUCUAUUUCUGCAGCUGAGGUUUUAUCCACUGGACACAUUUGUGUCUGAGAACUACGUCUUGUUGAGGUUAGUGUAACCUGGUAUAUGCAACUACCAUCCUCUGGGCCAACUGUGGAAGCUGCUGCACUUGUGAAGAAUCCUGAGCUUUGAUUCCUCUUCAGUCUACCCAUUUCUUUCUUCCCCUCCCUCACCCCCUUUUUCUUAUAAAACUAGGUUCUUUUUACAGAUAAGGUCAGUAGAGUUCCAGAAUAAAAGAUACGACUUUUCUGAGUUAUUUAUGUACUUAAAAUAUGUUGUCACCAGUAUUUGUUCCCAAAUAUAUUAAAGGUAACCAAAAUGUUAAAA